AUGGCAAGUUCAAGCAAUCAAAACAUGCGAGCUCUACCACUUUCUUUUCCACUUCUCAAUGGAGAAAACUAUGAUUAUUGGUGUGUGAAGAUGAAGACCCAACUCAUGUCAAAUGAUGUUUGGGAAUAUUUUCAAGAUGGGUCUGAAGAUUAUGAAGGUGUGGAGACUUUGACAAAUGACCAAAAGAAACAAUUGAAGGUGGAUAAUAGGAUGAAUGCAAAAGCCCUCUCCACGAUUCAACAAGGUAUUUCCGACAACCUCUUUCCUAGAAUCAUCAAUGAAACCCAAGCCAAGAAAGCAUGGGAUAUUCUUUACAAUGAGUAUAGAGGCAACUUGAAGGAUAGUGAAUUGUUGAAGGAUUAUUUUUCUAGACUUAUGGAUGUUGUGAAUCAAAUGAAAACAUAUGGGGAGGAUGUUGCUACUCAAAAAAUUGUUGAGAAAAUCUUGAUUAAUUUGCCGACGAAGUACGAUCCCAUUGUUGCCGUUAUUGAAAAUACUCAAGAUUUAGCCACCUUGAGUGUCGAAGAAUUGAUGGAUUCCCUUAAGAAAUUUGAGCAAAGAUCGAAUAGGCAAUCCGAAAAGUCAAUUGAGAGUAUCUUUCAAUCUAAGCUUAAUGUUAGUACCCUAAAGCCCCAAGGGAAAGGAUCUUCUUCAAGUCAUAAUCAAUCUAGAGGGCAAUUUUCAAGUGGUGGAAAUUUUGAACGAGGAAGAGGUGGAAAUGAUAGAGGAAGAGGAAGAGGAAGGAACAAUUUUCAAAGUGAAAACAAUUUUCGUAGGGGAAACAAUUUUCAAGCAAGAGGGAAUGAUGAGUCCACUCAACCAAGGAUUGCUGAGUCACAAACAAUCAACAAGCUAAUUACACCGAAGAGCAAGAAGGUGGAGGGUGCAUAUUUUAUGCUUGUCAAGCAGCUUCCAAGCAAAAGAAUGAUGUGUGGUUCCUUGAUAGUGGUUGUAGUAACCACAUGA